AUGCCCAAAGCAUUGGUUUAUAUUUAUGAAGAAUUAUGUAUAAAGAUGCCACUUGAUCUGGAAGAUCGAUCAGUUGAUACUAGUGCAAAUAGUAGGUUACUUGAAACUCGUGAAGUGGGAAGGAGAAGUAAUCGAAAAAUGGGUCCUGGCAGUGCAGCAAUGCUUGCGUUAGAGAGAAAAGCUGCUGCGAAGAAAACCGAAAAAGAAGGGAAGCAUAAAAAACGUAAAAGUGAUGAAUCAUCACCUGAUUCGGGAUCUGGAAAACCGAAAAUGGGACUUCGUGCACGUGCAAAACAAGCAGAACGCAUUUCAAAACGAAUUGCUGCUCGCGAAAAAAGCAAAAGAGCUGGUUCGCGUUCAUAUCGUUAA